CAUGGCUUGGGGAAGAAUUAACACCAAAAGCCCCAAAGCCCAAACAAUAACACAUUUACCUGACAACGAGUAAACGAAUCGAACCCAAAUAUCCCCUAACAACCACCGUGAAUCGCCACCGUCGACGGUUGCAACAGAAUGGCGGGAGUAUCACUGAAGUGCGGCGACUGCGGAGCUCUACUGAAAUCCGUUGAAGAAGCACAAGAACACGCAGAACUCACCAAACACACCGAUUUCUCCGAAUCCACUGAAGCUGUUCUUAACCUAGUUUGCUCCACUUGCGGCAAACCCUGCCGAUCCAAAACGGAGAGUGAUCUGCACACUAAGAGAACUGGUCAUACUGAGUUUACUGAUAAGACUUCGGAAACGACGAAGCCGAUUUCGCUGGAGGUUCCGAAGAGUAGUAAUGAUGUGGAUAUGGUUGAUGCUAGUAGUGCUGGUGAACCAGAAGAAAUGGUUGUUCCUGAUGUUGACUCAAAACUACUAGAGGAACUCGAGUCAAUGGGUUUUUCGAAAGAAAGGGCCACCCGGGCUCUUCAUUUCUCUGGUAACUCGAGCCUCGAGGCUGCUGCAAAUUGGAUCGUUGAACACGAGGAUGAUGCUGACAUAGAUCAGAUGCCUUUGGUGUCUGCCAAGAGUAAAUCAGAGCCUCCCAAGCCUUCUCUUACUCCUGAAGAACGAAAAGCAAAAGCGCAAGAGCUAGUGGAACGAGCUCGGAAAAAGAAAGAAGAGGAAGAAAAGAGAAUGGAAAGAGAAAGGGAGAAGGAGCGAAUUCGAAUCGGUAAGGAAUUACUUGAAGCAAAGCGUAUGGAGGAAGAAAAUGAAAGAAAACGUAUUAUAGCCUUACGCAAAGCAGAAAAAGAAGAGGAGAGAAGAGCUAGAGAAAAAAUCCGACAGAAGUUGGAAGAAGAUAAGGCAGAAAGAAGGAGGAAGCUUGGAUUACCUGCAGAAGAUCCCACCGCUCCAAAACCACCACCACCUGUAGUCGAAGAAAAGAAGAGUUCGUUGCCCAUCAGGCCUGCUACAAAAGCAGAGCAAAUGAGAGAAUGUUUAAGAUCUCUAAAGCAGAGCAAUAAGGAUGAUGAGGCAAGAGUGAAGACAGCGUUUAACACCCUUCUGACUUACGUCAAGAACGCUGCAACUAAGCCCGAUGAGGAGAAAUUUCGCAAGAUCAGACUUAGUAACGCUGCCUUUCAGGAUAGAGUUGGGAAAUUGGAAGGUGGCAUAAAGUUUCUUGAGCUGUGUGGAUUCGAAAAGGUUGAAGGGGAUGAGUUCUUGUUUUUGCCAAGAGACAAAAUCGAUAGAGCAGUGUUAAAUUCAGCUGGGACAGAGUUGAACAGUGCCAUAAAUAACCCGUUCUUCGGGGUUCUGUGAUCCCAUUUACGACACUAUGUUUUAGUUCUUUGCUUUUCUCAUUUGUGUUCACUUUACGACCUUCGGGUCAAAGGUCAAAUGUGGAGGGCCCCCAAAUGUGUACUACAGUUUCAUUUCCCUGUUUUGUUAUUGGUGUCUUGGUACUAUUUGGAUUGAAUGUUUAUGAAUAACUUUCGAUCUCGGCCCGUGUUCA